AUGGAACAAAGGAACAAUGUGACUGACUUUGUCCUCUUGGGGCUCACUCAGAGUCUCCAAGGUCAGAAAAUAUUAUUUGUUGUUUUCUUGCUCAUCUACACUGUGACAAUUGUUGGCAACUUACUUAUUGUGGUGACUGUGGUAGUCAGCCAGACCCUGGAUGCCCCUAUGUACUUCUUUCUAGGCUACUUAUCCUUUAUGGAUGCUGUUUAUUCUACUACGGUCACCCCAAAUAUGAUUAUAGACUUUCUCUAUGAGAAGAAAACCAUUUCCUUUCAAGCUUGCAUGACUCAGCUUUUUGUAGGACACUUAUUUGGCGGAGCUGAGAUUUUACUCCUGGUGGUCAUGGCCUAUGACCGCUAUGUGGCUAUCUGCAAACCCCUGCAUUAUAUGACCAUCAUGAACCAACGGGUGUGUGUCCUGCUGCUGCUGGUGGCCUGGGUUGGAGGUUUUGUGCAUGCUGUAGUUCAGCUUCUCUUUGUUUACAACCUUCCCUUUUGUGGACCCAAUGUUAUAGAUCACUUCAUCUGUGACAUGUACCCCUUACUAAAACUUGCCUGUACUGACACGUAUAUCAUUGGUCUCACUGUCGUUGCCAAUGAUGGUGCAAUAUGUGUGGUCAUCUUUUUGUUGUUACUCAUCUCCUAUGGAGUCAUUCUGCACUCCCUGAAGAAUCUUAGUCAGGAAGGGAGGCGCAAAGCCUUAUCCACCUGUGGCUCCCACAUCACUGUAGUGGUCCUCUUCUUUGUCCCUUGCAUUUUUAUGUAUGUGAGACCUCCUUCCACAUUAUCAAUUGAUAAAUCCUUGACUGUUUUUUACACUGUCAUCACCCCUAUGUUGAAUCCCUUAAUCUAUACUCUGAGAAAUGCAGAGAUGAAGAAUGCCAUGAAGAAGGUCUGUAUCCAACUAUGUACAGGUCUGUAUCUACCAUAUACAGAACUUGUCAGGAGAAAAUCAGACCCAAAGAUGGAUCAGCUGCAAGCCUUUGGAGACACUGGGCCAAUGGAGAUUAACUUGGGAGACCAAGUUUCAGGAGUGUUCAAAAAGGUUGGAUCCAACUGCAGCCCCCAAAAUCUCCUAUGA